AGGCAGAUGGUUUCGUAACUAUCUCACCGUCGCGGUCGCCUUCCCGAUCAGAGUAUAUAGUGCAUAACAAACAUAAAAGCAAGGAGAAAAAACGCAGAACGGAUUCGAUUCGUCUUCGUCGAGCGAAAUCUCGGCGGGGGAGUUGUUGGAUGCCACGAAGUUCCCGGUGCUCGCGGAUUGGGAGGAAAAGAACGAUCGGAUUUUCACGUAUUUGUGUGUGCCGUAGAACAGUGAUUUGCCAUCCGGUGGUGAAAGGUGCUCUUCGAGAGCAGAGUAGAUUGCGGUGUGAUUGUACCGUUCCGGACUGUGUAGCAGAGUAAACGAAAAAAGAGUGUUUUCUGGGUGCACGGGAAGGAAGGUGAAGUGAAAUUUUAUGUUGAUUUUAUGCUGUGGGAUCGCUUUUAUGCUGUUGACCCCCACCGGAUAGAAGCCAAGUAAAAGUCGUGGGAGCCUGGUGGAGUAAAUUGUUUUUGAUACGCGAAGGGAAGAAAGAUCCCCGAACUAAAUUUUGUUUCGAGGGGAAGGUGGCAAGGUGAAGCUAUUUUGACGAUCGAUUGUGCGCUUCCUAGAUGUGAGUUGAGAUUCGUUCCUGCAUAGGACAAACUGCACGAUAAUGGUGGCAUGGUCUUCGUCUCAUAGACGACACGUCCGCAUUCUGCUCGUGGGGGAUCAGGGCGUCGGAAAGACGUCACUGAUUCUUUCGCUAGUCAGUGAAGAGUUUCCGGAAGAUGUUCCCACGAAGGCAGAAGAGAUUACCAUUCCGGCGGAUGUCACGCCGGAACAGGUACCAACAAAUAUCGUAGAUUAUUCGGCUACCGAGCAACCUGAUGAAACCCUAGCGGAAGAAAUCCAGAAAGCACACGUUGUUUGCGUUGUCUAUUCGGUUGAGUGUGAUGAAUCGUUGGAUCGGAUCACCACCCAUUGGUUACCGGUGAUUCGGGAGUGCUCCGGCGAGCAGCGAAAGCCAGUGGUCCUCGUUGGUAAUAAAAUUGAUCUCAUCGAUUACUCAACGAUAGACCAUGUUUUAUCAAUCAUGGAGGACUUUCCAGAAGUUGAGAGCUGCGUAGAAUGUUCGGCGAAAACACUGCACAAUAUCUCGGAAAUGUUUUACUACGCGCAAAAAGCAGUUCUUCAUCCAACAGCUCCUUUGUAUAUCAUGGAGGAACAGGAUUUAACCGAGACCUGCAAGAAAGCCCUGGUUCGAAUAUUCAAAGUAUGUGACAUCGACGGGGAUGGUUUGCUAAACGAUUAUGAGCUGAACCACUUCCAGCGUCGCUGUUUCAACGCACCACUGCAGCCACAGGUCCUAGACGAGGUGAAGGCCGUUUUAAUGAAAAACACACCGGAUGGCAUCCGGAAUGAUUCGGUUACGCUAAAGGGCUUCCUCUUUCUGCACUGCCUGUUCAUCCAACGGGGAAGGAAUGAAACAACAUGGGCCGUGUUGCGUCGGUUUGGUUAUAAUGAAAAUUUAGAAAUGAGCCCGGAAUAUCUUCACCCAACGAUCAAAAUUCCUCCCGGUAGCAGUACCGAAUUAUCCCACCGUGGUCAACAGUUUCUAAUUUCGCUGUUUGAGCGAAGUGACAGGGACGGAGAUAAUGCUCUCUCUCCGGAGGAGUUCCGAGUCGUUUUCAGUGCUUGCCCUUGUCCACCUUUCUCGACCGAUAUCAAGCGGACGGUUCCGACAAACGAAUCCGGUUGGCCAACGCUACACGGUUGGAUGUGUCGCUGGACGUUGAUGACGCUUGUUGACCUGAACAAAACCCUAGAAUACCUGGCUUAUUUAGGAUUCAGCGUACACGAGAACGAAUCCCAGCUGGCAGCGAUACACAUCACACGGGAGCGAAGGAUCGAUCUGGCCAAGAAGCAAAACAGUCGAUCCGUCUACAUGUGUCACGUGAUUGGUCCAAAGGGAUCCGGAAAGACAGCAUUCUGCAGGGCUUUCCUAUCAGAGGACAUGCGGAAACUAACGGAUAAGGAUAUACGUGGUACCAACCAGUACGCAAUCAACACCGUUCAGGUGUACGGUCAGGAAAAGUACCUCGUUCUGCGGGACAUUGACGUGCGCCAGGUUCUGGACCCGUUACAACCGAGCGAAGUCAACUGCGACGUGGCUUGCCUGGUGUACGACAUCAACAACCCAAAGUCGUUCGAGUAUAUCGCUCGGAUAUACAUCAAAUACUUUGCCGAGAGUAAGAUUCCGGUCCUGAUUGUCGGUGCCAAGGCGGAUAUGGAGGAAAUCCGGCAGGAGUAUUUGCUUCAAUCGCCGGACUUUUGCCACAAGUACAAACUGCUUCCGCCGCAGUACUUCAGCUUCAAGCACAACAAGAAGGACAUCUACACGAAGCUGGCGACGAUGGCCGCAUUUCCUCGUUUCCAAGCCGCGUGGAUUCUUUUCUAUAAGCAUAGAUUGGUGCAGCUGUGGGAACAAACCCACUUGAAACAAUUCGGCCUGAUGUCCAGUGAUCCGUUGCUCUGGUGGAAGGCUGGCCUUGGCAUAGCAGCAGCAACCAUCGUUGGAUUCUUCGUCGUGAAGGCGUUUCACGGAUCUAGCUCACAUUCACGAUGAAUCGUAAAGCACCAGCUGGCAGCAGUCGGUAAGAAAAUUAAAACAAAUCGCUUGUUUAAUUCUUUUGUAAAUAUUCGUCGCUUGAAAUACGGUUACAAAGUUGUAAUUGGCUACUACGGUUCAGAUGACUAAUCUAUAGAGAUUAUCUCAACAUUUGCAUUAUUGCAUUGACUCGCUAAAAAAUAUUCCUAGCAAUGGCCAAAUUUAUAAUGGCAAGUGGCAACUAGACUAUAUAGACUCUAUGCAACUUCUUCUAGUGUAGCGUUACAAAUACCGGAACCAAAAAGUAACUUGCAAGAUAAACAAUUGGAUUCUAAAUAAUUGAUCAGCAAUAUAUUUUCUAGUUUAUUCAACCAACCAUCUCAGUUUCGAUGAUGCAAUACGUAUAUAGUUUUUUUAGUUCUUCAACUCUACAACAGUACUGGAAUAGUCUAAGUUGGCAUGUAUUAUGUGAUUUUCGUUUGUCCUUAAGGAUGCUAAAAAUUCUAAAAAUGCAGACCUUAGCAGAAAGUAAAUGCGCACUGUUCAAUUGAAAAAAAAACGGCGGAGUCUAGAGGCAAAAGGAAAACAAUGUAAUUAGUGUGACCAUUAAAUUAGAAACACAAAAUAUAACAGUAAA